UUGAAAAGGUAUAUGGAGAUGAGAGUUUUCUGGACUUGGUGUGUUCAUAAGAUUUAUUGAAGAAGAUCCCACCCAAACAACAAAGUUUGAGAGAGGGGAAGAAAUUCAAAAGAAUUGGGGCUAGAGGAUGAAGAACUCUAGCAGAAUUGAAUCACAUAAAAAAUGUGGUCAGCUUUGGUUGUUGACAUAUUGGCCGGAGCCUGGUGGUCUGGUGGAAGAUGCCACCAAACCCCCCAAAAAAAUGAUGCUUUCAAGCAUUUUUGUAAGGCGAAGAAGCCGGUCAAGCUCCCCACGUCGUCGCAGAAGCCGUUCUCCUGUAAGGCGUCGUAAGAGCCGUUCUCCGACAGCACGGCAUUAUAGGAGGAGAAGAAGUAGGAGUUCAUCUGCGUCUCCUCCACGCAAGUCCCGUAGUCCAAGUGUGGCAUCAGCUGAUCGCAAGGAGGCCAUAAAGAAACAAAAGAAAGAAGAAGAAGAAAGGAAAAGGAUCCAACAGGAAAUACAGCUCAAAUUAUUAGAAGAAGAGACGGCUAAGAGGAUUGAAGAAGCUAUACACAAGAAUGUUGAAGAGAAGUUGAAUUCUGAAGAAGUGAAGUUAGAUAUUGAAAGGCGCAUAGAGGAAGGCCAGAAGAAAAUGUUUGAUGAUGUUGCUGCUCAGCUUAAGAAAGAGAAGGAAACAGCUCUCAUGGAGGCAAGGCAGAAAGAAGAACAAGCACGGAGAGAGCGAGAGGAGCUAGAUAAGAUGCUUGAAGAGAAUCGGAGGAGAGUGGAAGAGGCUCAGAGAAAAGAAGCUCUAGAGCUGCAGCGGAAAUUGGAGGAACGCCAGCAGGAACUGGAGUUGAUUCAGCGACAAAAGGAAGAAGCUGCUAGAAGAAAGAAACUGGAAGAGGAAGAGGAGCGAGCCAAACAGAUACUGUUGGCUAAAAAUAGAGCCCAGUCUAAAGCAUCAUCUGCUGUUGGCUUAUAAUAGUCUGUCCACUAAAUUGUUAUAAUAUGUUUAGUAAUGUAUGUAGUGCUAGCUUCUAAGGUCAAGAAGAGCUUUUGGUUGUACUAUUAUAUUGUUGAAAGCUUAAUGCCAAUUAGUGUUUUUCCUGCUGUUUGUUUCAGUUUAA